UACAAAGAGGCUGGGAGGAAGGAGCAGAAGGCCAACCUUUAUUCCCAGCUCCCCAACACCAUCGACAUCCAGCGAGCGAAAGAAGCCGCGGAGCUGCUCAGCGAGAUCAAAUAUAAAGAAAGUGGGAAGAAGGAGAUGUCCCGCUCCUUGUACUCGACUCUUCCUGACACGCUAGAAACCAGCUUUGCCAGAGAGAUGACAGACAUGCUGAGCGAGAAUAAAUACAAAGAAGGCGGAAAGAGGAACAUGUCUCAGAGUUUUUACUCUCAACUGCCAGAAACUGCAGAGACUGAGUUUGCUAAAGCUGUCUCUGAGCUGCAGAGUGAGAUGAAGUACAAGGAAGCAGGGAAGAAAGAAGUGACGAGCUCUCUGUACUCGACUCUGCCUGAGACGCUGGAAACUCGACACGCUAAAGAGGCGUCCCAGCUGCAGAGCCAGCUGACGUACAAGCAGAACCAGAAGAACGAUGCCUCCAGUCUCUACCACCUGAUGCCGGACACCAUGGACAACCAGUUUGUCCGGCAGCAGACGGAGAUGCUCAGCGAGGUCAAAUAUAAAGAAGAUGGGAAGAAAGAGAUGAGUGUCAGCCUGUAUUCUGUGCUUCCUGAGACCCUCGACAGCCAGCACGCCAAAGAGCUGAUGGACAUGCAGAGCCAGACCAAAUACAAAGAAGCCAGUAAGAAGGAGGCUUCAGCACCUCUGUACCACCAGCUGGCUGAAACUCUGGAGACGCAGCACGCCAAGGAGGCCUCAAAGCUGCAAAGCGAGCUGGCUUAUAAAGAAGGCGUGAAAAAGGAUCUGCAGUGUCCGGUUUACCACCAGCUUCCUGACACCCUGGAGACUCGGUUCGCCCGAGACGUCGGCCACAUGCAGAGCGACAAGAAGUACAAAGAGGAGGGGAAGAAGAGCCUGAGCCACAGCGUUUACUCCCAGCUGCCACAAACGGCUGAGACCCAGUUUGCUAAAAGCGUCUCUGAGCUGCAGAGCGAGACCAAGUACAAGAAGUCAGCGAGGCAGGAGGCCGGCAGCAGUUUGUUCUGCGUGAUGCCAGAGACUCUGGAGACGCAGCACGCCAAGCAGGCUUCUCACAUGCAGAGCCAGGUGAAGUACAAAGAAGACCUGCAGACGCAGCGGGCGUCCAGCCUCUUCUCCAGACUUCCUCACACGCUGCAGACAGAGCGGGCCAAAGAAGUGACAGAGCUGCAGAGUCAGGUGAAGUAUAAGGAGGGCAGCAGGAAGGAGGCGCCGUCCUCCCUGUACCACCUCCUCCUCCAGACACCUGAGAUGCACCUGGCCAAGCAGGUGUUGGACAUGCAGAGCGAGGUGAGGUACAAGAAGGACCUGGAGGAUCUGCCCAACACGCUGUACUCGCUGCUGCCUGAGACUCUGGAGACACAGUUUGUUAAAGAGAUGGCAGAGACCCACAGCGAGGUGAAGUACAAGCAGGCGGCGAAGGAGCAGACGGCUUCAUCUCUGUACUCCAAACUGCCUGAAACUCUGGAGACCAGACAUGCUAAAGAGGCGACGGAGCUGCAGAGUGACAAAAAAUACACAGAAGAAGGAAGGAAGGAGAUGACGUGUCCGCUGUACUCGCAGCUUCCUGAUACUGCAGAAACGCAGUUUGCACGGGAGGUGACGGAGAUGCUGAGCGAGAACAAAUAUACAGAACGAGGGAAGGAGAGCCAGACUGUCAGCGUUUACUCUCAGCUCCCACAGACCAACCAAACCCAGUUUGCCAAAGCUGUUUCUGAACUCCAGAGUGAGGUCAAGUAUAAAGAAGCAGGAAGGAAAGAAGCAUCCAGCUCUUUGUACUCAAAGCUUCCUGAAACUCUGGAGACUCAACACGCUAAAGAGGCGUCACAGCUUCAGAGUCAGGUGAAGUACAAGCAGCCGGUGAGCGGCUCUCUGUAUCAGCGUCUGCCAGAGACCCCAGAGACCCAGCUGGCCAAGGCGCUGACAGACGUCUGCAGCGAGGUGAAGUACAGAGAGGAGGGACAGAAGGAGACCAGCAGGAACCUUUAUUCACGCCUCCCAGAGACGGCAGAGACGCAGUUCGCCAAGGAGAUGUCAGAGAUCCAGAGCCAGUUGAAGUACAAGAAGGACCUGGAGGAUCUGCCCAACACUCUGUACUCGCUGCUGCCUGAAACUCUGGAGACGCAGUUUGUGAAGGAGAUGGCAGAGACUCACAGCGAGGUCAAGUACCGGGAAGCAGGGAAGAAGGAGGCCAGCAGCUGUCUGUACCACCAGCUGCCUGAGACUCUGGAGACGCAGCGCGUUAAAGAGGUUACUGAGCUGCAGAGCGAGAACAAGUACAAGGAGAGUGGGAAGAAGUGCAUGUCGUCUAGUUUGUACUCUCAGCUGCCACAGACUGCAGAGAUGGAGCUCGCCUCCAAGAUGUCUGACCUGCUGAGUGAGAACAAAUAUAAAGAGGAGGGCAUGAAGAGCCUCUCCCACAGCCUUUAUUCUCAGCUGCCUGAAACCACUGAGACCAACUUGGCUAAAAGCAUCUCUGAGCUGCAAAGCCAGGCUAAAUACAAGGAGGCGAGCAGGAAGGAGACGAGCAGCUGUCUGUAUCACCAGCUGCCUGAGACCCUGGAGACGCAGCAUGCUAAGGAGGCCACUGAGCUGCAGAGUCAGGUGAAGUACAGAGAAGGUAAAAAGGAGCUAAACACCAACCUGUACUCUCAGCUGGCUCAGACUGAUGAGACCAAGUUGGCCAAGGCUGCCAUGGAGCUGCAGAGCGAGAAUAAAUACAAGGAGAAAGGCAGACAGGAGAUCAGCAGCACUGUUUUCCACCAGAUGCCUGAGACCAAGGAGACGGAGUUCUCCAAGCAGAUCUCAGAACUUCACAGUGAGUCAAAGUACAAGAAGGACCUGGAGGAUCUGGCCAACACUCUGUACUCGCUGCUGCCUGAAACUCUGGAGACGCAGUUUGUUAAAGAGAUGGCCGAGACUCACAGCGAGAAUAAGUACAAAGAGGCCAGUAAAAAGGAGCAGGUUAAAUCUCUGUACUCCCAGCUUCCUGAAACCAAAGACACGCAACACGCCAAGGAGCAAACUCAGCUGCACAGCGACAAAGCUUACAGGGAGGAGGGGAAGAAAGAAGCAGAACACAGUCUGUACGCUCAGAUGCCCCAAACCAUCGAAACCGUCUUCGCCAAGGAGGUGACCAUGGCACAGAGUGACAAGUUCUACAAAGAGAAGUAUAACCGUGAAAAGGGGAAGUCGGACUACGCCAGCAUGAAGACGCUGCCGCAGGUGGAGCACGCCAUGGAGGUCAACAGGAAGCAGAGCGAAGUCGGCUACAGGACGGCUAAAGAGGAGCUGCACCACUACAACUCUCAGCCGGACCGACCGGACAUCAUCAGCGCCGCCAACGCAGCCCGGCUGGCCAGCGACGUGGCCUAUAGGAGCAACAGCAAACAGCAGGUCUGCACUGAUGAAUCCCUUCUGGCCAGGACCGACCUGCUACACGCCACAGAGGUCUCCAAACUGGCCAGCCAGGUGAAGUACAGGGAGCAGCACUUAAAGGGCCAGAAGCCGCGUUACAACCCCAUGGACUGCGUCUCCUUUAAACACACACAGGCGGCUGCUGCUCUGGCCAGUCAGGUGAAGUAUAAGACCAAGCAGAACCAGAGACCUGAAGGCUCCUCAGACGUGCCCAACCUGCUGCAGCUGGAGCACGCCCUGCAUGCCAGCAAGCUGCAGAGCAAUCUGGAAUACAAGAAGAAGCACGACCAGACGAAAGCCCACUACCACAUGGCUGUGGACACGGCUGAGCAGCUGCACCACAGGGAGAACGCCGUGCUGCACAGCCAGGUGAAGUACAAGGAGGAGUACGAAAAGAACAAGGGUCGCUCUCUGAUGGAGUUUGGAGAAACCCAGAGCUACAAAGUGUCCAGAGAGGCUCAGAAGAUGCAGAGCGAGAGGGAAUACCGCAGGGACUUUGAGGAGCAGGUGAGAGGAAAAGCGUUGCUGGAUGUGGAUCAGACCCCAGCGUACCUGACGGCGCGGCACGCCAGCAGCCUGCUGAGCGAGAAGGCGUACAAGAAGGACCUGGAGCAGGAAGUUAGGGGGCGUGGCCUAUCCGGCGUCGGUCUGGAGGAAACGCCUGAACUCCUGAGGGUUAAAAAAGCCAAUCAGAUCCUGAACCAGAAGGAAUACCGCCGGGAUCUGGAGACGGAGAUCGUGGGAAAAGGCAUGGAGCUGAGCGCAGACGUGCUGGAGAUCCAGAGAGCCCAGAGAGCUUCAGCGAUCCAGAGCCAGAGAUCGUACAGACAGACGGAUCAGUUCAGAGAAAACUCGUACGGGUCGCUCACCGACACGCCGGAGCUGCUGCACGCCUCCUACCUGAAAGACAUCUACAGCCAGAAGAAGUACAAGGAUGAGGCGGAGCAGCUGAGGGGUCGCUACAGCCUGCUUCCAGAGACGCCGGAGAUGGAGCGGGUCCGAGCCAACCAGAGGAACCUGAGCUCUCUGCGCUACUGCUGGGACUCCAAGCUGAUGAGAGGCCUGAUGGCGUCCGUCUCAGAGACGCCCGAGAUCGUCCUCGCCAGGGAGAACGCCAAGAACUUCAGCGACGUCCGGUACAGGGAGGAGGUGGGUCAAGGCACGGCGGUCAUGGACACACCUGAGAUGGAGCGAGUCCGACGCAACCAGGAGAACAUCAGCUCAGUGAAAUACAAGCAGAGUUCAGCAAAGGCCACCAGUGUGGGAGUGACUCCAGAGGUGGAGCGGGUCAAACAGAACCAGGAGAACAUCAGCUCGGUGAAGUACCGCCGCGGCCUGCAGGAGCUGAGGGGGCGGAGCUUCUCCGAGCUGGACACGCCCGAGUACCGGCGGGUCAGGAGGACCCAGGACUCGGUCUCCAUGGCCAAGUAUCACGAGGACUUUGAGCGAACCCGCGGGAGAGGAUUCACGCCGGGAUUGGACGACCCCAGCAUGGAGCGCUACCAGAGAGCCAAUCAGAUGAUGGGAGAGGCGGCCUACAGCAAAGGGAUCCACCCCCAGGCGGUGGAGAUGGACCGGCGGCCCGGAGGCAUCAUCGUAGACCUGAAGGUGUGGAGGACAGAUCCAGGCUCCAUCUUUGAUUUUGACCCUCUAGAGGACGAGAUUCAGUCCAAAAGUCUCCGCAGGAUGUCGGAGCGUGCAGGCCGCAGGCUGAGCCGGCAGCACUCCCAGCAGUCUGCCAGCUCUGUGACCUCUGACCUGUGGGACCGCAGCAGCUCCAGCACUCCUGCUCCCGUCCUGCCCGGAGCGUACCACCACCACCAGCAGCAGGCCCUCCAGAUGCAGCAGCAUCAGCAGUACCACGGCUACAUGCACCAGACCAGCAUGUCCUCCGUCAGAUCCGUCACCUCGCCGCCCCACUCCGCCACAUCGCGCGUCUACCGAGCGCUGUACGACUACGCGGCCCAGGACCACGACGAGGUGUCCUUCAGGGACGGAGAUGUCAUCGUCAACGCCCAGCCCAUCGACGAAGGCUGGAUGUACGGCACCGUGCAGAGGACCGGCAAGUCUGGCAUGCUGCCGGCCAACUAUGUGGAGUGCUGCAACUGAGGAGGAGGAGGAGGAGGAGGAGGAGGAGGAGGAUGUCGUCCUGCAGGGGUGAAGACUUUCAGCAAACAUGCGCUCAGUGGUGAUGUUCUUUACAUUUCAGGGUUCCUUUAUGUUCCAGCUCCUCGUGUUCUCAGCUGGUCCUGUGGCUCAGAAACCCAGAGUUACAUCAUCAAAGCCACUGCAGGAGGUUUUGUUUUAUUAACAGAUUCAUUUAGGAAUAUAAAACGAGGCGGUCUGUGAGGAGGAGAGGUUCUAAUCAAGAUUUAAGGCUUUGUCACUGGAGAGGAGCCAGAGAAGGAGAAGGAGGAGCUGGUGGAGGCUGAAAGAAGCUCUGAUGGUUUAAUGAAGUCAUCAGUCCAGAGUUCAGGGAUAGUUUUCCUUUAUUUCUCCAUUUUUACUCUGAUUUAUUUUCACUGAUACACUCACAACUAGUUUUGAUGCUUUUAUUUUUAGGGUUCUCUCAAACUGAAGCUUUUCCUUAUGAUAAGAGCUAAAUUAAUCCUCAGAAGGUUUUCCUUCCUGGUCAGAUAUUCUGAAGCAGCUUUCACUCUGACUUUGGGUCAUUUCAACACAAUUACUCUAAUAGUCCCAACUAAUCUACAUAAUAAUAAUAAUUCAUGUUUAGCUGUUUAAAACAUUUACUUUUUUCAGCAGCUUAUUUUUUAAUAACUUGAAACUGUGCUUCAUAAAAACAUAAAAGCUCAUGUUUUCUCUGAAAAAAGGCAACUUUUUACACUGACUUUUUUACAAAGGUUUUAAAAGUUAAUAUGGCUCAAAUUUAAUUAAUUUAACAACUUAACAUAUAUAAAACUUUGUUUUUAUUAUCAAAAUUGAUAAU